AUGGCGCCUUCGACUGUUUCCAAAGGGAGCGAAAUCGCAGUCCCAACUCCAUUCAACAAAAUCGGCGGCACCCCAGUUCAAACGUGUUUUCACCGCAUUCGCGACGCCUGUGGCAAGUGGCCCUGGGAACUCUUCCACGUGAAACAUCUUCCUUCCAUCUGGAGCGUUUACGUGCUUCAGAAGUUGCACCAGGCCAUCAAGCUGGCGCACUCAUCACCCAAGGUUUCCCUCGAGGUUGUUCUGGAACAUUUGGAACGCGUAUGGAUUGCAGAGCAGAAGAUAGCGAUUUCGCAACAGGGCCCCCGAGAGAAUAAGCAAAGGAAAAUGACCGAAAAAGAAGCCCGCAAGCAACGCGGCCGGAGCUCUGUCCAGCAUCAGAAGGCGAAACGUCGAACAAACAAUGCCCAGACACGGAGCGCUAAUCUUGAGCACAAUAGACAUAACGGAUGUGCCAAGAGUAUUGAUGCCAAUCUAGUCCGCGAUGUAAUCGUCAACAACAAGCGUGAUCUCACAGCCCCGCCUUCGCUUGACCUCAGCAACUCUCACUCCGAACCACUCGGUGUUGAGCAAACCGAGAGCCAACCAAGAGGGGCGAGUUGGUUUAAAAAGAGGAAGAAUGCGAGCGAACUUACAGCUCGUAGCGCCCCAGCACCAAAGCGGCAAAAGGCAUCAUCUCUGCCACCUCACACGCCCCGCGGUACGCUUGAAGCGAGCCACAAAGGCACGAGGAUGAAAGACUUAACAGAUGAUGAGAGCACAUACAUCUUGCGGUUGAACAACAAGACUACCGCCAUUCGAAACAAUGCCGACCGCGUACGUGCCCAGCAGAUUGAGAACGAGAACCGACUGAAAGCGUUGAACUCCUCGCAACGUUUGCUCCAACAAGAACUCAACACCGCACAAGCCGACUUGACCAGAAUCCGUCAGGACAUACAGGACAAUAAUGUUAUCCGAGACUCUAUCCUUCGAAUCAUCCAGCGACGAGUCGCUGACAAUGCCGAUGGCUGGAAUAUCGCCUUAGAACGCUGCGAUAAGUCGUUGAAAGUAUUUGAGGAUGACUCAAAGAAGACCAUGGCGAUCAUAAACCACAAGAAACAAGAAAUCGAACAUGUUGACGAGAUGGUUGCGUCGGCGAAACUAGCGGCUGAGCAAUGUGCCGAACAGGCCGAGGCUCUGGCUGUGCACUUGGAUCAAUUGACUCGCAUGAAAUCGGCGUUCGAUGUCCUGAAAGUUAUGGUCGAUAUGGGACCUUUGGGGCUGGCGAGCCUGGGUGGAGAGAAGCUGACAGAGCUGGAAAGACUGGUCACUCCGGAUGUAGGAGGGGACGGAAAGGACGUUGAGAUGAGAGAGGGAUGAGUACCCAGUGAAGCCAAUAUGAUGGGUACUUGUGAAUGGUAUCGAAAGCUGGGAUAUGUGCAUAUCAACGUUGAGACAAGCAACAUUCUUAAGAAAGAAAUGUACUCUCUCAUAAACUUAGCUAUCUAGAAAAAACGGGAGGAUAAAUAUCUGAAGUUGAGACAGGAUAUGAGCACCAUAGCUCAUCAAUAACAUUCAUCAUUUGCCCGAA